ACGGCGGCGCGCGGAGCGGGAGGAGGGCGCGACCGGCGGGCGGGCGGGGCGCAGCGCAGCGCGCGGCCUCGGGCUCCCUCCGCGGGCCCUCGGCGGCCGGGCGGCUCAGGCCGGGACCAUGGCGCUGCGCGCCCGGGCGCUGUACGACUUCAGGUCGGAGAACCCGGGCGAGAUCUCGCUGCGCGAGCACGAGGUGCUGAGCCUGUGCAGCGAGCAGGACAUCGAGGGCUGGCUCGAGGGCGUCAACAGCCGCGGCGACCGCGGGCUCUUCCCGGCCUCCUACGUGCAGGUGAUCCGCGCGCCCGAGCCCGUCCCCGCGCCGGACGGCGGCCCCGGCGCCCCGGCCCGCUACGCCAACGUGCCGCCCGGCGGCCUCGAGCCCCUGCCGGCCGCGCCGCUGGGCGCCUUCCAGCCGCCGGGCUCCUUCCAGCCGCCGAGCUCCUUCCAGCCGCCCCCCGGCGCGGGCCUCCCGUACCCGGGGGGCGCCCUACAGCCGUCGCCCCAGCAGCUCUAUGGCGGCGGCGGCGGCUACCAGCCCAGCCAGGGCAGCGACGACGACUGGGACGAGGAGUGGGACGACGCCUCCACGGUGGCGGACGAGCCUGGCGCGCUGGGCAGCGGCGCCUACCCGGACCUGGACGGCUCGUCGUCGGCGGGGGGCGCCGGCCGCUACCGCCUGUCCACGCGCUCCGACCUGUCGCUGGGCUCCCGCGGCGGCCCGGCGCCCGCGCAGCACCAGCCGUCGGGGGCCAAGAGCUCGGCCACCGUGAGCCGCAACCUGAACCGCUUCUCCACCUUCGUCAAGUCGGGCGGGGAGGCCUUCGUGCUGGGCGAGGCCUCGGGCUUCGUCAAGGACGGGGACAAGCUGUGUGUGGUGCUGGGGCCCUACGGUCCCGAGUGGCAGGAGAACCCCUACCCCUUCCAGUGCACCAUCGACGACCCCACCAAGCAGACCAAGUUCAAGGGCAUGAAGAGCUACAUCUCCUACAAGCUGGUGCCCACGCACACGCAGGUGCCGGUGCACCGGCGCUACAAGCACUUCGACUGGCUGUACGCGCGCCUGGCCGAGAAGUUCCCCGUCAUCUCGGUGCCCCACCUGCCCGAGAAGCAGGCCACCGGCCGCUUCGAGGAGGACUUCAUCUCCAAGCGCAGGAAGGGCCUCAUCUGGUGGAUGAACCACAUGACCAGCCACCCGGUGCUGGCGCAGUGCGACGUCUUCCAGCACUUCCUGACCUGCCCCAGCGGCACCGACGAGAAGGCCUGGAAGCAGGGCAAGAGGAAGGCCGAGAGGGACGAGAUGGUGGGCGCCAACUUCUUCCUGACGCUGAGCACGCCGCCCGCCGCCGCGCUGGACCUGCAGGAGGUGGAGAGCCGCAUCGACGGCUUCAAGAGCUUCACCAAGAAGAUGGACGACAGCGCGCUGCAGCUCAACCACACGGCCACCGAGUUCGCGCGCAAGCAGGUGACGGGGUUCAAGAAGGAGUACCAGAAGGUGGGCCAGUCUCUGCGCGGCCUCAGCCAGGCCUUCGAGCUGGACCAGCAGGCCUUCUCCGCCGGCCUGAACCAGGCCAUCGCCUUCACCGGAGACGCCUACGACGCCAUUGGCGAGCUCUUUGCGGAGCAGCCCAGGCAGGACCUGGACCCCGUCAUGGACCUGUUAGCGCUGUACCAAGGCCACCUGGCCAACUUCCCGGACAUCAUCCACGUGCAGAAAGGCGCGCUGACCAAGGUGAAGGAGAGCCGGCGGCACGUGGAGGAGGGCAAGAUGGAGGUGCAGAAGGCCGACGGCAUCCAGGACCGCUGCAACACCAUCUCGUUCGCCACGCUGGCCGAGAUCCACCACUUCCACCAGAUCCGGGUGCGCGACUUCAAGUCCCAGAUGCAGCACUUCCUGCAGCAGCAGAUCAUAUUUUUCCAAAAAGUGACGCAGAAGCUGGAGGAAGCUCUCCACAAGUACGACAGCGUGUAGUGGCCGGACCGCGGAUGGGGGACUCCUCCAGCUCGAGAAUAAUUCCCGCAGCAGAACAGAAGAAACUGCUGUCAGGGGGCCAUGGCCAGCGCUCGGUGGCGGCACAAGGCUGGUUUUGUGUUGACUGGAACUGGGCUGAAUUCAUAAUG